AUGACUCUGUCUCCCUUUGCUGUUCCUUUUUUCUCGUGUACUUCUUCUUAUAAAUUAUCUAAACGUAAUCAUUUUCUUUGUAAAGCUAAAGCUUCACUUUCUCCCUUUGAUUUUAAUCUUUUUUGUGAAAUCCUCGAGGAGUGGGAAACUUAUCCUAAUCUUCAUAGCUGUUUUUCUCGUUGGCAAAACUUCGUUCAAGUAUCUGGUAAAUCUAAACCUAAGUUUCUUUCUUAUAGUAUUCUUUCUUUUAACGUUCGUGGUCUUGAUUUGAGAUGGCAAGAAGUUCUUCUUCUUAUUUCUUCUUUCAAAUUUGAUAUUCUUGUUCUUAUUGAAACAGGUAUGAUUGACAUAUCAUUUUAUGAGAAAAUCUUUUCUAAUUUUAAAAUUUUCUUCCAAAAAGGAGAAAAUAAACAUGGAGGAAUAGUAGUGUUAGUUAGAGAAGGUAUUAUCUCCAGUAGAAUUAGAUGUGAUUUACCUAACGUAUGUGUUGUUGAUAUAAAAGGAGAAGAAGAUUUUAGAUUACUAGGUGUGUAUGCUCCUAAUAGUAAAUCUUGGUCAUGGGAUGAUCUUUCAUUGUUCUUAUCCAAGAAAUGUAUCAUUUAUGGUGAUUUUAAUGUUGAUAUUAUGCAAGAUGGUCAGAUAGCUGAAUCUCUUCUAAAAUGGACUGACAAUCAUUAUUUAGCUCCAGUUAUUCCUUCAUCUGCAACUUCUCUUCGUUCAAAUAGAGUGAUUGAUUAUGCAUUAGUUCGUGAUCUAAAUAUUGAUAUACAAAUUUAUAACGGAAAUACAUCUAGUGAUCAUAGGCCAGUUAUCUCUACAAUUCCUUUUAAGGCUGCACGACAAAAACUAGAGAAUUGGAAUAUCUCUUCUAUUGAUAGUACUUAUAAUGAUUAUAUUCGUUUUCUUUCUCUUUUAUCUACUCGAUGUACAACUUUUUUCUCUUUAGAUAAAUAUCGCUCAGCUUUACCAGUUGAAUUACGAUCCUUCUUAUCUUAUAUUAGAGCUCUUUCUUUUCGUCAAAUUAGAACAAAAUGUUCCAUACUAAAAAAGGAGGUGUUAUUCUUGAAAAAAAUUGCUAAAAAUGAACUUAAUCAUUUCUUCUUCUCUAAACUUGAUUAUCUUCUUCAUAUUCGUAAUUCUUCUUCACCUGCAGCUAUCUCCUUUUGGCAUAAAAGUAAACGUUGUUUAAAACCUUCUUCAUCUUCUAUUCAUGCUCUUAUUAAUACUUCAGGAGAAAUCAUUAGAGACAAUGAACAGAUGUGUGAACUUGCAGCUGAUUAUUAUGAAUCUUUUUUUAAAAGUUCUAAUAUAAUUAGACCUCAUCCAUAUACGGAUAGUCCACCAGUUAUGUUUGAUAAUAUGGACGAAGUUAUUCCUGAAGUUACUUUGGAUGAACUAAUGAGUACUGUUCAUGCUAAACGAAAAACGAAAUCUCUUGAUGCUCAUGGUAUUGCUAAUUUUAUGUUUAACUUCUUACAUUUUGAUCAUUGGUCUUUAUUAUUAAAACUUUAUAAUUAUUCCUUUCAAAAUUCUAUUUUACCUUCUGCAUGGAAAGAUACUCGCAUAAUUUUAUUAGCGAAAAAAGAACACAUUUGUCCACCAUCUUUAACUCGUCCUAUUUCUCUUCUAGAUUCUUUUCAAAAAGUUGGUGAGAAACUCUUUCUUACACGAUUUCGUAAUGUUCUUUUUCGAAGAGGACUUUUACCUGAUAAUCAAUCUGGUUUUAGAGAAAAUUUUCGUUUACAAACUCGUCUAUUACUUUUCCUUGAAGAUUUACGUAGUUUAAUGUCAAAUAGUAGUCCUAUUAGUACUAUUUUUGUUGAUUUUCGUACAGCUUUUGAUCAGUUAUGGUUUGACUGUUGUAUUGGUAAACUUCGUUGUUUAGGUAUUCCUCCAGCUUAUUUAAACUGGAUAUAUGCAUGGUUACUUGAUAGAAGAAGUUUUAUAGAAAUUAAUGAAACUAAAUCUAGGUGGUUUAAUAUUGAUAAAGGUUGUCCUCAAGGUAGUGUUUUAUCACCUACUUUAUUUAUAACCUAUAAUUGUGAUUUGGGUAGUUCUUUAGCUAGCUGUACUAGUCACCUAUUUGCUGAUGAUUUAGCUGUAAUUGUUGCUGGUCAACUUGGUAUUAAAUACUCUUAUCAAUGUUUGGAUUUAGAAAAACGUAUUAAAGUUUUUAUUGAUCAUCUCGAAUAUUAUUCGUACUUAACUGAUCAACCUAUUAAUACUAAUAAGACUCAAGCUUUAUUUACAGCACGUGCUAUUGGUCAUCCUAAAUUUGAUAUUCAUUUUAAUUCUGGUUCUAAAGAGAAAAUCAAUUGGGUACCAGAAUAUAAAUAUUUAGGUUAUCUAAUAUCUUCUAAAUUAGGUUGGGAUAAAUUUCUUAAAUCUGAAUUAACUCGUAAACUUUUAUCUUCUAAUAAUCAUCCUUCACACGUUUCACAAAAUGGAAUUAUUGAUUUAAAUAAAAAUGUCAAUAUUGUUUAUAAUAAUUCACAUUUUCCUAAUUUACCAGUAGCACAAAACUCCUCAUCUAAUCACAUGUUAAAUAAACUUGAUAAUUUACUUGCUCAAAUUGCUGAUGUUAAUGUUCACUUAUCUAAUCUUAAAGUUAAAAAUGAUAAAAUUGAACAAAUUAUUCUAGCAAAAAAUGAUAGUGAUAUUCUUAUUAAAGAAAAUUUAAAUUUAUUGUCAAAACAAUCAAUGGAGUUAAAAAAAGAGGUGAUUGUGAAUAAUCUCAAAGUGGAACGCCAUGAAAACAUGUUUACCAAAUUAAUCAUUCCUAUGUUUGAAGACUUUUUUAGCUUUAUUACAGUACAAAAUUGUGAUAGCAAUGGAAGAACACUUGAUGCUGAUCUUAAACUCAAGCUUGAACGCUAUCUUAUCCAAAUGAAAAAAGCCAAAGAAGCUUCACUUUCUCCCUUUGAAUUCUAUCUUUUUUGUGAAAUCCUCGAGGAAUGGGAAACUUAUCCUAAUCUUCAUAGUUGUUUUUCUCGUUGGCAAAAUUUCAUUCAAGUGUCUGGUAAAUCUAAACCUAAGCUUCUUUCUUAUAAUAUUCUCUCUUUUAAUGUUCGUGGUCUUGAUUUGAGAUGGCAAGAAGUUCUUCUUCUUAUUUCUUCUUUCAAUUUUGAUAUUCUUGUUCUUAUUGAAACAGGUAUUAUUGACACAUUAUUUUAUGAGAAAAUUUUUUCUAAUUUCAAAAUCUUCUAUCAAAAAGGAGAAAAUAAACAUGGAGGAAUAUUAGUAUUAGUUAGAGAAGGUAUUUUCUCCAAUAGAAUUAGAUGCGAUUUNGUUCGUGGUCUUGAUUUGAGAUGGCAAGAAGUUCUUCUUCUUAUUUCUUCUUUCAAUUUUGAUAUUCUUGUUCUUAUUGAAACAGGUAUUAUUGACACAUUAUUUUAUGAGAAAAUUUUUUCUAAUUUUAAAAUUUUCUAUCAAAAAGGAGAGAAUAAACAUGGAGGAAUAUUAGUGCUAGUUAGAGUAGGUAUUAUCUCCAGUAGAAUUAGAUGUGAUUUACCUAAUGUAUGUGUUGUUGAUAUAAAAGGAGAAGAAGAUUUUAGAUUACUAGGUGUCUAUGCUCCUAAUAGUAAAUCUUGGUCAUGGGAUGAUCUUUCAUUGUUCUUAUCCAAGAAAUGUAUCGUUUAUGGUGACUUUAAUGUUGAUAUUAUGCAAGAUGGUCAGAAAGCUGAAUCUCUUUUAGAAUGGACUGAUAAUCAUUUUUUAGCUCCUGUUAUUCCUUCAUCUGCAACUUCCCUUCGUUCAAAUAGAGUGAUUGAUUAUGCUUUAAUUUGUGGUUUAAAUAUUGAUAUACAAACUUAUAACGGAAAUACAACCAGUGAUCAUAGGCCAGUUAUCUCUACAAUUCCUUUUAAGGUUGCACGACAAAAACUAGAGAAUUGGAAUAUCUCUUCUCUUGAUAGUACUUAUAAUGAUUAUAUUCGUUUUCUUUUUCUUUUAUCUACUCGUUGUACAACUUUUUUCUCUUUAGAUAAAUAUCGUUCAGCUCUACCAGUUGAAUUACGAUCCUUUUUAUCUUAUAUUAGAGCUCUUUCUUUUCGACAAAUUAGAACAAAAUGUUCCAUUGUAAAAAAGGAGGUGUUAUUCUUGAAAAAAAUUGCUAAAAAUGAACUUAAUCGUUUUUUCUCUUCUAAACUUGAUUAUCUUCUUCAUGUUCGUAACUCUUCUUCACCUGCAGCUAUCUCUUUUUGGCAUAAAAGUAAACGUUGUUUAAUACCUUCCUCAUCUUCUAUUCAUGCUCUUGUUAAUACUUCAGGAGAAAUUAUUAGAGAGAAUGAACAGAUGUGUGAACUUGCAGCUGAUUAUUAUGAAUCUUUCUUCAAAAGUUCAAAUAUAAUCAGACCUCAUCCAUAUACGGAUAGUCCACCAGUUAUGUUUGAUAAUAUGGACGAUGUUAUUCCUGAAGUUACUUUAGAUGAACUAAUGAGUUCUAUUCAUGCUAAACGUAAAAAGAAAUCUCUUGAUGCUCAUGGUAUUGCUAAUUUUAUGUUUAACUUUUUACAUUUUAAUCAUUGGUCUUUAUUGUUAAAACUUUAUAAUUAUUCCUUUCAAAAUUCUAUUUUACCUUCUGCAUGGAAAGAUACUCGCAUAAUUUUAUUAGCGAAAAAAGAACAUGUAUGUCCUCCAUCUUUAACUCGUCCUAUUUCUCUACUUGACUCUUUUCAAAAAGUUGGUGAGAAACUCUUUCUUACACGAUUUCGUAAUGUUCUGUUGCGAAGAGGACUUCUACCUGACAAUCAGUCUGGUUUUAGAGAAAAUUUUCGUUUACAAACUCGUCUAUUACUUUUCCUUGAAGAUUUACGUAGUUUAAUGUCAAAUAGUAGUCCUAUUUGCACUAUUUUUGUUGAUUUUCGUACAGCUUUUGAUCAGUUGUGGUUUGCAGGUUGUAUUGGUAAACUUCAUCGUUUAGGUAUUCCUCCAGCUUAUUUAAACUGGAUAUAUGCCUGGUUACUUGAUAGAAGAGGUUUUAUAGAGAUUAAUGAAACUAGAUCUAGGUGGUUUAAUAUUGAUAAAGGUUGUCCUCAAGGUAGUGUUUUAUCACCUACUUUAUUUAUAACUUAUAAUUGUGAUUUGGGUAGUUCCUUGGCUGGUUGUAUUAGUCACUUAUUUGCUGACGAUUUAGCUGGAAUCGUUGCUGGUCAACUUGGUAUUAAAUAUACUUAUCAAUGUUUGGAUUUAGAAAAACGUCUUAAAGUUUUUAUCGAUCAUCUUGAAUAUUAUUCGUGCCUAACUGAUCAACCUAUUAAUACUAAUAAGACUCAAGCUUUAUUUACUACACGUGCUAUUGGUCAUCCUAAAUUUGAUAUUCAUUUUAAUUCUGGUUCUAAAGAGAAAAUCAAUUGGGUAUCAGAAUUUAAAUAUUUAGGUUAUCUAAUAUCUUCUAAAUUAAGUUGGGAUAAAUAUCGUUUAGCUUUACCAGUUGAAUUACGAUCAUUUUUAUCUUAUAUUAGAGCUCUUUCCUUUCGACAAAUUAGAACAAAAUGUUUCAUGUUAAAAAAAGAAGUAUUAUUCUUGAAAAAAAUUGCUAAAAAAGAACUUAAUCAUUUUUUCACUUCUAAACUUGAUUAUCUUCUUCAUGUUCGUAACUCUUCUUCACUUGCAGCUAUCUAUUUUUGGCAUAAAAGUAAACAUUGUUUAAAACCUUCUUCAUCUUCUAUUCAUGCUCUUAUUAAUACAUCAGGAGAAAUUAUUAGAGAGAAUGAACAGAUGUGUGAACUUGCAGCUGAUUAUUACGAAUCUUUUUUCAAAAGUUCAAAUAUAAUUAGACCUCAUCCAUAUACGGAUAGUCCACCAGUUAUGUUUGAUAAUAUGGACGAGGUUAUUCCUGAAGUUACUUUGGAUGAACUAAUGAGUUCUGUUCAUGCUAAACGUAAAAAGAAAUCUCUCGAUGCUCACGGUAUUGCUAAUUUUAUGUUUAACUUUCUACAUUUUGAUCAUUGGUCACUAUUGUUAAAACUUUAUAAUUAUUCCUUUCAAAAUUCUAUUUUACCUACUGCAUGGAAAGAUACUCGCAUAAUUUUAUUAGCGAAAAAAGAACAUGUAUGUCCUCCAUCUUUAACUCGUCCUAUUUCUCUACUUGACUCCUUUCAAAAAGUUGGUGAAAAACUCUUUCUUACACGAUUUCGUAAUGUUCUGUUCCGAAGAGGACUGCUUCCUGAUAAUCAGUCUGGUUUUAGAGAAAAUUUUCGUUUACAAACUCGUCUAUUACUUUUCCUUGAAGAUUUACGAAGUUUAAUGUCAAAUAGUAGCCCUAUUUGCACUAUUUUUGUUGAUUUUCGUACAGCUUUUGAUCAGUUGUGGUUUGAGGGCUGUAUUGGUAAAGUUCGUCGUUUAGGUAUUCCUCCAGCUUAUUUAAACUGGAUAUAUGCCUGGUUACUUGAUAGAAGAGGGUUUAUAGAGAUUAAUGAAACUAGAUCUAGGUGGUUUAAUAUUGAUAAAGGCUGUCCCCAAGGUAGUGUUUUAUCACCUACUUUAUUUAUAACUUAUAAUUGCGAUUUGGGUAGUUCUUUGGCUGGUUGUAUUAGUCACUUAUUUGCUGAUGAUUUAGCUGGAAUUGUUACUGGUCAACUUGGUAUUAAGUAUACUUAUCAAUGUUUGGAUUUAGAAAAACGUCUUAAAGUUUUUAUCGAUCAUCUUGAAUAUUACUCGUGCCUAACUGAUCAACCUAUAAAUACUAAUAAAACCCAAGCUUUAUUUACUACACGUGCUAUUGGUCAUCCUAAAUUUGAUAUUCAUUUUAAUUCUGGUUCUAAAGAGAAAAUCAGUUGGGUACCAGAAUAUAAAUAUUUAGGUUAUCUAAUUUCUUCUAAAUUAGGUUGGGGUAAAUUUCUCAAGUUUAUAAUGAUUAAAGUGAGGCAUAGAAUUUCUUUGAUUAAGUCGUUUAGGCUUUUUGGUUGUACAUCACCAGCACUUCGCAAAGCUCUGUUCUUAUCUUUUGUUCUGCCUAUUUUUACUUGGGUCUAUCCAAUAUUCCCAUUUCUUUCUGUGAAACAACAAAGUGAGUUGUCUCACUUCUAUUUUUCUUCACUAAGGCGUGUUAUGUUUUGUCUUCAUUGGAAUGAGAAUUUUUUUGCCUUUGCUUUGGAUGAAAAAUCUCUUGAAGAUCGUUGUGCUGCGUAUUGGGAGCGAUAUUUACAUGCUCUCGCAGACUCAACGGAUGGAUUGUUAUUAUUCGAAAAGGCAAAUCUUAAUGUACUCAGGCAGAGUUGGAUCAAUAAAGACUUUUCAAUAAAAUGUCUUCGUAAAUCCAAACGAUUUAUAUCUAACGAAUCAGUGAUUGAAACGGUAGUUAGUUGGUUGAGUUCAGUUCCUUCUCUUUCUUCGAUCCCAAACUAUGAAUUGGAUGAAAUCCAACUCCUCGAGGAUUUUCCUGAAUCUUUUCUGUUUUAA